AUGGAAAGAGGGAGAGGAGGAGGAGGAGGAGGAGGAGGAGGCGGAGGAGGAAGGAACCUGGGAGGCUCUGGCCUGCAGAGGAGCAUUUAUUCCCAGUCCCAGCAGCAGUACCAUUACCCGGCCUCCUCCCAGGGGGGCUGCAUGGAGAUCCAGGAGCUGGCCUCCAAGAGGGUGGACAUCCAGAAGAAGCGAUUUUAUCUGGAUGUGAAACAGAGCUCCCGGGGCCGCUUCCUGAAGAUCGCCGAGGUCUGGAUAGGAAGAGGCAGGCAGGAUAAUAUCAGGAAAAGCAAGCUGACCCUCUCCUUGUCCGUGGCCGCCGAGCUGAAGGACUGCCUGGGGGACUUCAUCGAGCACUAUGCCCACCUGGGCCUGAAAGGCGGCCACGGUCACCGGCACGAGCACAGCAAUGGCAAGGAGCAGCAUCCCCGGAGGCGACAGCAGCACCCGCCGCCUUCGCCUCCGGCAUCCGUCGGCUCUGAAGAGCACCCUCACAGCGUCCUCAAAACGGAGUACAUCGAGAGGGACAACAGAAAGUAUUACCUAGACCUGAAGGAGAACCAGCGAGGGCGCUUCUUGCGGAUUAGACAGACCAUGAGUAGGGGACCUGGCAUGAUGGGUUAUUUUGGCCACAGCUUGGGACAGGAGCAGACGAUCGUCCUUCCAGCGCAAGGGAUGAUUGAGUUCAGGGAUGCUUUGGUCCAGCUGAUCGAAGAAUACGGCGAGGGGGACAUAGAGGAUCGCCGGGGGGGAGGCGACGAGCCCCUGGAGCUCCCCGAGGGCACCUCCUUCCGAGUGGACAACAAGCGCUUCUACUUCGACGUGGGAUCCAACAGGUACGGCAUUUUCCUGAAGACAACCCACAGCCUCACAAGGUUUCAACAGCAGCCCACGGUUUCUGAAGGCUUCUUGCCAUUUCCACCAUGGUCCACGAACAGGAAGGGACUGCAACUCCAAACCUGGCAAAGAUGCAGUUGCUUUUGCUGGCUAACCUAUCAAGAAGAAGAUGUCCCUCCCAAAGUAUUUCUGCAAGCUGCCCCAAAGAGGAGCAGAAAGGUAGAAGGGCAAACUCUUGAGAUGUGAACCAAGAGGUAACUCAGCCAUGGCUUGGACUUUGCGGGCUGUUUUGGAGAGCACGUCAGCUCUCUGGGGUGCACUGGUCUGCCACCCUUGUUGUUUCUCUCCAAAUCUCCUCCUGAGGUAGGCUCUGAAGUGCCCUCCUGCAGAGAUGCAGCCUUUUUGAGCCCCUCUGUGCCACAGAACGAGAAGGAGAAAACACCAACUGGAAGAUCCUCUUAACUUCCUCGCCUUCUCGGGCUCUCCACAAAGUGAAGCUUAUCCUCCACACUAUAGCCCAUGCGCUGUUGCAGUAAUCCCUAGAGGUGCUCUCUCUGGUUGUUCAAAACCUACGCCGACCUCUUCCUCUCAGCAAGGCUCUGAAAAAGGGAACAAGCAAGAGGCUAAGCCAUGGGCAUUUUUCACUUGCCUCAGCCUAAACACCAGCCUCCUCCAGGCUUUCAGUCUUCCAAAAGCUUCCCACCUUUCUAGCCAAGCAGUUUGUUUUCUAGAAGAAAAAUUGGUACUUUUGUGCUAGCAAUAGCCGGAGUCCUCUUUUACUAGUGAAGGCACUUUCUCCCUCUCCUUUGAAUUUGGUAUGAAUGCAGAAACUACUGUGAAAUAAGUGGGGUAAUAUCAGGAAAGGGGAGAUCAGAACAGAGCAUUCCUCUGGAUAGGGUUUGAUGCAAUUUGAAGCCGCCUGUAGAAGAUUGGCUGGAAGGUAAACUGAUUUGGGCUAAAAAAAGCUGGUGCUGUUAAACUCUGUUACUGAAUCUUUAGUAGAUGGUCCAAAAUAGCUUUUUUGUGACCCCUGACAUCUCGGAAGGAUAACCGCAUUUUUGAUCUCAGAUUGAAGGUGCAAUUUGUUCUGGAAGAAACUUACGGUCUUUAGAAACCAUCUCAGGAUGGCGUUAACUGUCAAAAACAUUGCACGGCGAGUUAAAGAAAACAAACCAAAAAUCACACAUCUGAAUCAACACCAGGCGAGCGUCUGCGGAGCGUUGUCGCUGAGCUAACCAACCACGCUGAUCGCGGGCUAUGCAUGAGCUGUAAUCCACCUUUCUGCCUUCACGGCGGCUCAGAGCUUCCGAUGAACACCCGCGUACCGUGAGGAGGGGUUGCGAUUAGACGAGCAAGGAGCUCCUUUACUUGCAGCAUCCUGCUUUGCACCUCAGCUCGAUCCAUUGGCUGUAGAGGUGUCGUGUCCCCCUCCCAAAGCGACAGCGGUCCCCGCCGAUCUUCGCGUGCUGUGCCGGUGCGGCGGCGCCAGUGCAAGGUGGUCGAUGCUGAGGUGGGCGUUGAGCUGGAGGGGUGUGUUUCAAGGGCAGUACUUGGUCACCAGCUGUUGUCUAGGAUGCUGUGUCUUUUUGUACAGCAGGAAAAAAAAAAAAAAAAAAAAAAAAAAAAGAUUUCUGGUUGAAUUUCAAGUUAGGGGACUGUUUUCUGCCAAGCUACCCGCCCCCGCUGUCUCAACUGUACGUUAUUCUCUUUUUCUUUCCACUGGUCCUGUUAUGCACCGCUCAACAGCUGCUGCAUUUAAUCCCAGAAGCUGUAGUUGGUAGCGAGCAAAGUGAUCUCCAUAUAACCUCUAUCAUAGUCAUAAGUGUGCAUUAUGAAGCUUAACCGAUGGUAAUAAAAUGUUUUGCUUUCAACAUGCGGUCCCAGUGGUCCAAUGUUCCCGUCUUCAGGCACCGUCAUUACAGCAGGGCAAUGUAUUGGAGUUUUUCUGCUGCCCCCCAGGAACGCGUCUCGUAAUGCUGGAUGCAGGCAUCGUCAACGUCUAGCAACACGUGUGGAUACCCGGCGAGGAGAGACGGGGAACACCGAGCAGAGCCCUUUCCGCAGGAACGAGUUGGUGGUGCUGGCAUCCUCAGGUAGAAGCAAGCAGCUGUGGUCGCGAGGUCCCCGCGAAUAAAUCUGUCACGUACACGUUGCUCCCCUGGCUGCAUUUGCUCUGAUGGAGACUGUGUCUGGACGGUCAAGGAAAAACUGCUGCAACGGGAGAGCCUGCCGAGGCGCUUGGUGUCUUGCUUGGCUGUGACCCAAACUGCGGGUUCACGUCUCCGUGAGAUAGUCUCGCAGUGCAAUCUUGUGUUAGAGCCUCUUCAGAGGCUACGAUGGUACGUGAGGGAACAGAAACAGAUUGCAUGCCUGCUACUUGGGGUUUUUUUCCAUCCCUUUCACAACUACUCCGCAGGUUCAUGGCUUUAGAGAUCGUUUUUUUCUUUCCUGUUUACAAAAAAGGGCGUUUUUAUGUCAUCCUGCACGAUGGAUAUUUUUGUGCAGGAGGGGAAAAAGUGCUUCUCGGUCACGUGUAAGCAACCAUACAGAAUGCAGAAAGUCUGCAUUUGGAAUUUCAUUUUGGUUUACGCAUCACCGAUGCUUUUACUGAAAGCAUCUUUUAACAUUAAUUGAAGGGUCAUAUGAUUUUCCUUCUCUAAGCCAAAAGCAGGAAUUUCAAAGCCGGGAUCUCCAAACGUCAUUUCUGUGGUACGAUGGGUUGCAUUAGCCCUACAGCUGGUAUUGGUUGAACAGGAUGCAGUUUCCCAUACGUGAAGUUUGUAGCAUUUAGUUUCAAACCAGAACUUCCCAGGCAGACCACCCCCAGAACGGUAGCAGUAUGUAUCUGAAUAUAUAGCUUUUUCAGGCAACGAUAACACAGCCUUUUUCUGGAGAUUGCCAUUUUGUAAAUAAGCUGCUUCUUGAGCAGCAUGGCUAGGACUACAAAAGAUGGAUGAUUAUUUCUUCCUGGAAUCGGUCUUCUGCUGCAGGAUCUGGUUUUUGUUGCGAUAAUUAGCAUAGAAUUAAAAAUGGCCCUGCAUCUUCAGUUCGCAUUACGCCUCUGAUACCGAGCAAUCUGGGAUCACAUUUUACUCAGCAAUAGGCUGUGUCUGGGAAUCACUUUAUUCACCGCUGAAAUUCAGCAUUUAAUUGUGGUGCACAGAUAUCUGCAGGCUUCAACAUAGCAAAAGCCUCCACCUCCAAAAAUAAAACAUUGCUUCUAAUAAACUUUCAAAUGAGUUGUUUUUUGGAGACUGGAAAAGUUGCCAAGAAUAUUUAGAUUAAAAGCUAGCGUGCUGGCUGAAGUAGGAUUUUACAAAUGCCUUUAAAAUCCAGAGCUCAGGCUGAAGGUGAGGUCACGGGCUAGGACGCAGCCUUUUCUCCCAGAAAAACUGUAAUAUCUUUUCUUUUUAAAAAUUUAUCAGGGCUGCCAGUCCAGGUGGAGGCAAAUUUGCAGGGUGUCUCAGAUGUGGCCAAUGGUGUGUCCUUGGGACAAACUAAAGCAGCAAAAAUACAGCGCGAUGUGAAAACUUCCUUGUGAGAGCAGUGCUGGAAAUUACUGUGCAAUCUGACACAGUGUCCUAGCAUUAGAUUUAUUAUCCACUUCCAAAUCAUCUGCCAAAAAUCCUUACAAUCGGAAAACCAGAAAGAACAUGUUAUAAAAAGGCCUGGAAAAUGAGCAAUUUUGGUAUGGGAGUUUUCACACUGGUAAGUCUUCCGUGUUUGGGUUUGGUCUCAACGAUGAGGUCAGUGGUACUUGAACCAAAUGUUAUCCCGACGCCUGCAUAUAGGAGAUGGUGAUAUUUGCCAGUCUUGCAAGGUCAGCCUCGAAUACGGUCCUGCAAGAUGCUUCUUCGCCCAGCGUAAUGCUCAACGCUUGCUUUUCGUCCUGCAAGAGUUCACACCUUCACUCGGUCCUCGCUGGGCGGCAGGGUCGUGGCCGCGUACACGCGCUGGUGCACUUGCCCCAGACCUCGCUGGAUAUAUAAUUUCAGCAGUUUUCUUACCUGGAUUGUGGACUGAGAUGGUUGCAUUUCCCUACCGUACGCCUGCAGAAAUCACAAGCCCUCCUCGCUGCGGGGUGCUGCCAAUCUCACACCGCCCUUCUCCAGCUCCCACGUCUUUUCCAGGCUCCUUUCUUUACAGCUAUAUGUCUGCAAAGGUGGAUCUACAUCCAUUUCCCCCUUGAUUUUUCCUUGUUUAAACAGAGGUCUUUGUGGCAGUAGUGGAAAUAAGUGACCUGGGUUUGUAACUCUCUUUUUUUCCCCUGGGGUAUCAGUGUUACCUGCUUCUGAAAAACCAUCUCCCUAGAGCUUGCUCUCUGAUUAGGAAAAUGUCUGCACCUGUACCUGAAGCAUACCCAACAUACCCUGCCAACUGCAGCAAGCCGAUACUUUUGUUUUAAAAAGAGCUUUCUCCAUAAAAAAAAGAUUUGUACCCAGCUCAGGCACACCAGAUGCUGGACGGCCAGAUGUUGCCUCAAACAACACUUGGAAGGGCUGACAGCAAUGGAUGCGGGGCCUGGAGAGCCACUUACGCCAUUCAGUGACCUUUUUGGGGGGAUGUCUACUGAAACAUAGUGAGAAUUGAAGGCCUGGUUUCCCCUUUUUCAUUUGGCAUUUUUGUUUGGGGAGAAAACACCGUUUCCGCAAGCGCUGAGCUCCUGAGGUGAGGGGCCUGAAGGUCCCAGCUUGCAAGGAGCCACUUCCAGCCCAGGGGCAAGGACUGGGACCAGCGAAGACCUUGGCGGGGAGAUUUCCUGCACCCCGUUUCCAGUGAGCAGAGUCGUUGCUUUUCCAGCACGAGUAUAAAGGUAGAGUUGGGCUUGCAGCUCGAUACGAGGGAACGAAAAAGCAGAUGUCAGCAGCUGGAGUAGGCAAUGGGGCAGUCGGUGGGAAGUGUGUGUUUAAAGAGAGAAAGGGGAAGUGCCUGACGUCCGUUGGGAUGAAUUCUCCUUUUCCAGCCUCUUUCCAGGAGCAUGCUGAUACAAAGUCCUUCUCCAGAGCGUUUUCCUUUGUGUAAAUGAAGACGGGACGUUAGGAUCAUCAGUGUUUACUAGACCGCCUUCAUUGUCUUGUUCUUGCAUUAAUUGUCCUUUGACUGGUAGGGUGGUUAAGAGAAAAAAAGCCAGCUUAAUGCAUAGUCAGAAAGCUAAAAAAAAAAAAGCAAACCACAAAUUAUAGGUAAAUAGGCUAACUGUAAGAUAGCGUGUAAAAGGAGGCAGCUUGUGGCACGACUCCUCUGUAAAGUGCAUGAUAAGCAUUGGCAAAGCUUGUUGCAGACACUGGGCAGGCUUUCCAGGGUUGCUUUUGCUAGACUUUGAGUAUCAUAGUUGCAAAGACUCGUAAAUGUUCUGAGAGACUCUUGGUUUUGGGGUGUUUUUUUGGUUUUUUGGUUUUUUUUUUCUUUUUUUCGUAAGCUGUGACCACUUGCUUUCUGAAUGGGUUUGUAGUGAUGGAGUUAAUGGAGCUGUUCUUUAUCGUAACCUAAAAGGUGUCAGUCGUUUGCUCGUAUGUGUUCACAAGCUGAGCCGUAGCAUUAUGCAUCUCUCCGCAAUGGUGUGAUUUGAAGCACUUUUGGUGUGGCAUGUGCAGUUGCAGUGCUGUCUGUUUUUAAUUUCACCCCUGACUGUCCCCUGUGUUCUACCCGUGUUUUGGACACUGAACCAAACCGACUUUGAAACUAGCACUUUAAGUACUAGUAGCCACUUUGCUUCUGACUAUAUUGAGCACUGCACUUUUGUAAGUACUGUUAGCACUGAGUUUUGAACUGUUUAUUUUCCCCGGUCUAUUUAGCCUCUUAGGCACAGUGUUAAUUUCUUAGGGGCCAUCAGAAGAUAAUGUCGUGGUGUAAGUGACCACUGUCUGGUGCCUGACUUCCAUUACAUGUCCGUUAGCGAUUUUAUAAAUUAGGGAACUCAACCCACCCAAGCUUAUUUUACACAACAGAACGAACAUCUAAAUCACUGACAUCCAGGCAGAUGUGGUUGUUGUAAACUUUGAGGUCAUCUGGAGACCCAAGCGCAUGGCUUUUUAAAACACCAAAGAUACAGAAGUCUCAAAAGGGAUCGGGAUGGUGCAAGAUUGUCUAAUUUACAGUUGGAAUUGAGCAGACUGCAGGAUGCAAAGCAGACCUGGAGUGAGAAGCGUAGGGCAGACUCUCUUGUUUUCAGUACGAGACCCCGGUCUGCGUUAGCAGGGUGAGUCCAUGGGACAGAGAAGUUAAAACCAGUCUGAGAUGCUGGUAUCAAUAAAGACGGCGCUCAAGCCAUUGCAAUAAAAGCCAUCACUGUGCCUGUACUGAAAGUGCUGUUGAGAUUGAUUGUGGGCUUAAACUACAAAACGUAUUUUUAAGUAAAAAGACUUAACAGAUGAUUUAGAAGAUGGAGCAUAAUAACCAUGGGGUUUGCUGUUGAAUUUGAGAAGCGGUGUUAGGAGUUGAUCAGGUCUUGUGUUGGGAGACAGCUCAGAUGUGCAUCGCUAUACUUGUUAAAUUCCUGUGGUAUUUCAGUACAGAUGGUCAGGGACCAGAGCUCCCUUACCAGAAAGGAAUCAGUAGGGUAGAGUUUGUUGUAAACAUAGUCAUAAAUCUCUAGGAUUUGAAAGGGGAUGAUGAUCUCUGGGAUGCAGAAUAAUCUGAGUUUUGAUAUCCCAGACGGUCCACUCUCAACCAGCUGAUGCUGUUUUGCUUCUUUAAAAGCCCUCGUGGGUUUUCCAUAGUGGCAAAUAAAUCACGGUGGUCGUGAGAGUGCUAUGUUUGCUUCACGAUGGGGUACCUGCACUCGGGACUCCUGUUCAUCCUUGUUGACGAGUCGAUAGUUGAUUCGAGUCCUUCUCUGGCAAUACUCCUUGAUGGGAGUUUCUCCCCGGUGAUGCCUGAUGGAUAAACCCCGCCAUUACAGUACAAUCAGUUUGAAUGGAAAGAAGUGAAUUAGGUCAUCUCCUUCACUGCUAGCAAGCAGACAUGAUGGAAAUAACCUUCAGCCACAAAAAAAAUAGUUGUCUUGGGUUUGCUUGUUGCAGCAGAUGAAGUAUUUUUCUUGACCAACUCCAGUUUUGGUGGCUGGCUUUGCUUGGGUUCAAUUCAGGCUUCCUUCUUCAGUAGACCUUCAUGGGUUUCGGUAUUCAGUGGGAACUGAAGGUGGUUAAAAAACACAGACCUUGAGCAGCCUGAAGUAUUGUGCUCUUAUAUCCUUUAUUGUUGGAUUUUAAAAAUGGAAAUGUAAAUAGAAUCCACAUUUUUCCUUUCUUUUUCUUUCUCCCCCCAGCCAAAUUAACCCUGCAAAUCUAGCUUUAAAGAAAUAGCACCUAGUGAUGUUGCUGCUAUAUCUGAGCCCCCCAAAACGAUAGCAGCUAAGGGAACAGCCUCUUCAGAAAGCACCUCGGUGACUCAGAGGCUACAUCCCGCUCGCUGUCACGAGGAUAUAGGCGAACCCUUUGGAAAAUUCACACACACACACACACACCCCCAGCAAGCUCACCGGUUUCCUCGAGUCCUUGGAAAUUAAGCUCGUGAGAAUGGGGGACAUGGAACAGGUCUUUUAUUUCCCACCCCCCCUCCCCCCCCUGCGCGUGUAGCUUUUUGCCCCUUGAAGUUGGCAUCUUGCCUUUUGGGAAGGUAAAAAUAAGCAUUUUCUCCUGCACGGCACACGUAUGCAAAGCCUAGCACAGCACCUCUCGCUAUGGAAGGACCUUUUAGGCAGAAAAAAGCUCUUGUAGGGAUUUUUAGUUAUUUGGGUUUUAAGAUAGCUCGUGGGAAACGCAUUGUAACGAUGCACAGGCGAUAUUUUACUGACUUUUUUUCUCCAAGAGAGACUUUUUAAUUUGCUUCAAUAGUUUAGUGUUCAUUUCCUUCAAAGUCUUUUUGGACCCAUGCAAAUGCCCUUGAAAUGAGUCAAGUUUAUCAAAACAAAUUGUGAAAUUGUGCAUUGCAGGAAGCAGUCUCGAAAUGCACACACACCCAUGCACCUAUCCGCGUGUACGCGCAUGUGUGUGUGUGUGGACGUAUAGAUAUAUUAUUUCCCCAAUGGUUCCUUUUUUUUUUUUUUUUUUUUUUUCUUGGGUUGGAUUGGUUUUUAGGUUUGUUUCCCCCUACUCCCCAGGAUAUUAACCAAAAGGUGUUUUAAAGUCAUGGCAUGAAAACUCCUAAAUGUAAAUCUGAGUACCUUGUGAUGCUAAUUAACAGGUUUUUCUGAAACUUUAUGUGAUGCUUAAUAUUUUUCUUAGGAAGUUUUGUUUAAUGUUAGAUCAUUGUUCUGAAGGAUGUUGGUCCUACUGGCAUUAAACUAAUGGAAAUAAAAUGCAUGUGUUACAAGUGUAGAAACGGUGAAGAAUUAAGUGUGAACUUACUGUACGAUACUGAUUCUGUUUUCAAACAAUCUGUUUUGCUGUUCAAUAGUUGACAUAUGGAAAUGCCAAUGUACUGUAAUUUAGCACUUUUCCAAUGGACCCUGUUCUCACUACGCUCGAGGGAAGAAGUAGGUUUGGUUUUGGGGCCAUCUGGACUCGACCUCUUGACCCUUUCUGCGUGUUUUGGCACCAGAACUGGCCAGGGGGAAACUCAAAUUUGAGGUUUUCUCAUCGGUGGGGCGGAGGGGCGGUGGUUCUCCAUUUCCCUGGCCAAACCAGGACAAUUUGGGUGAAGAGCUCUCUGCGGGUGGAUGGACUGGCGGCAUCCCGGUCCCCCCAGCACAUCCCCCCAGGAGCCAAGGCUGGGGACAGGCUGUCCGAGCUGGGGUGGGAUGGAGGCAUGUCUGAAAAGCAGCCGAAGCAAUCCGCAGACCCUGAAAUGAAAAGGCAGAAGGGUUAAACUACCAGCCACCUCCCUCUGGCCGAAGCCUCCUUUCCUAGUGUUAACAGGGUGCAAAGUGUUAUUUGUCAUGUACUGUACUGAAAGGGUUAAUUGAUCAGUGACUGUAUUGUACUGUAUGAAAACUCAUGAAUUGCCUUGUAUUGUUUCUAAUGGACUGUCCCAUGUCCCCCCCACCGCCCAUUCCCAACCUAUCCCCAGGUUUUCCAAAUGACGCAUGUGAUCAGUUAGGUCCUCCAAACUCUCUGGUGCUAACUCUUCCGUAUCCGAUGGUGCUUCUGCGGACGCUAACUGAUGACAUGCCGAUCCAGAGCUUGAAGUUCACAACGUCCUUCUUGUCUGUUUGUAUGAAGUCGACACUCACACACACGCUCACGAAGAAAAAUUUAAAAAAAAAAAAAAAAAAAAAAAAAAAAAAGGA